CAGGGAAGCUCAAAUUUGUCUGUGCUAACAGAAACUGGAGUGAAGCAAGCGGAGAGGUGUCGGGAGGCUUUAAGAAAUAUAUCGUUUGAUCGAUGCUUUUCAAGUCCAAUAUCUCGUGCCAAAUCCACUGCUGAAGUUUUAUGGCUAGGGAGAGACAAGCCACUUGUUUUCCUUGAUUCACUGAAGGAGGCCCAUCUAUUUUUCCUUGAAGGCAUGAAAAAUGAAUUUGGAGGCAGUGGAUGCACGGCAGCUGUACCCGAAGGAGUAUACAAGCUGGAGAGAAGAUCCUUCUAAUUUUGAAGUGAAUGGUGUCUACCCUGUAAGAAAACUCUGGGGAACAGCUAGGGAGGCUUGGAGGGAAAUUCUGUCCUCACCUGGAGAAAACUUGUUGGUUGUCACCCAUAAAUCAAUUCUGAGGGCACUCAUCUGCACAGCUUUAGGGCUAGGCCCAGAGAGGUUCCGCGCAAUAGAUGUGAACAACGGUGGCAUAUCUGUAUUUGUUUUCAACAGAAGAGGAGAAGCUAUGCUUCAGUCUUUGAAUAUGACAGCACACAUGUACAGUGAUUACGAGUAUUUUUACUGAAAUUUCGUGAUGCAUUGUACCGAAUGGAAACGAUAUUAGCAGUAUACAGUAGGGCUCAUGAAUUAAUAGUAUGGAAGGAAUGAGUAAAUUUCCCGUUCAGCCCGUUAUCUUUCCCAUAUUGGUUUUGAGUUUGCUCUUACUCUGAUCCAUGAAUUUGUCCUGGAGUUUUCAUUUAUGUUGAUAAUAGCAAGCCUUGCAGUGUUCACGAUAUGGCCUAUUUCGGCAGGCAUUGGCGGGUGGAGGCAAAAAGAUUAAAAGAGAGCAAAUGACUUUUUCCACCUAAGCUUCCUCUUUCGCGCUCUUACAGUCAAACUUGUCCUUCAUGGCAAACAUCGAAUUCCAGUUUGAUGGAGAAAAAACGACACCCUUCCCCAUCGUACCAAGCUCUGAUCAAAGCAGGUCCACACCUGAAACUCCUGCAACAAGUCCAUGCCCGCCUUGUCAUCUCCGGUUCUGGUCGUAGUCGAUCCCUCCUCACUAAGCUCCUCUCUCUGGCUUGCGCCGCAGGUUCCAUUACCUACGCGCGUCGUCUCUUCUUUUUCAUUCCCAACCCUGAUGCCUUCUUAUUUAAUACCCUCAUAAAGCAAACCUCCAAAUUCAGUUUCUCUAUUGAUUCUGUUCUAUUUUAUCGCCGUAUGGUCUUGUCAAAUAUUACUCCCUCAAACUAUACUUUUACGGCCGUGAUUAAAUCUUGCGCUAAUUUAUCAGCUUUGAAGCUUGGUAGAGUCAUUCAUACUCAUGUUUUUGUAUGUGGGUAUGGUUUAGAUUUACAUGUUCAGGCCUCAUUGGUCACUUUUUAUGCAAAAACGUGUAAUUUGAGUGUUGCGAGGAAAGUGUUUGAUAGAAUGCCUGAAAAAAGUGUUGUCGCCUGGAAUUCCAUGAUUUCAGGGUACGAACAAAACGGGUUUGCGAAGGAAGCAACUGGGUUAUUUUAUUUGAUGAGAGAUUUGAGCAUAAAACCGGAUUCAACAACGUGUGUUAGUGUGUUAUCAGCUUGUGCUCAGUUAGGGGCUAUUGGACUGGGCCAUUGGGUGCAUGAAUAUGUUGUUGCUCAGGGUUUUCAUGUGAAUGUGGUGCUUGGCACUUCAUUGAUUAAUAUGUACACUAGGUGUGGCCGUGUGAAUAAAGCUCGGGAGGUAUUUGAUUCAAUGAUAGAAAUAAAUGUUGUUGCUUGGACUGCAAUGAUUUCUGGGUAUGGGAUGCAUGGUUAUGGUACACAAGCAGUUGAGCUCUUUCUACAAAUGAGAGCUCAUGGUACUAGGCCUAACAAUAUCACAUUUGUGGCCGUACUAUCAGCCUGUGCUCAUGCUGGACUGGUUGAUGAAGGGCGUCGGAUUUUCAAUAGUAUGAGGCAAGAGUAUGGGCUGAUGCCAGGAGUGGAGCAUCAUGUUUGUAUGGUUGAUAUGUUUGGGCGUGCUGGAUUGCUCAAUGAAGCAUAUUCAUUCAUCAAAGAAGUGAUUAGUGAGAAGCCAGCUCCAGCAGUUUGGACUGCCAUGCUUGGAGCUUGCAAGAUGCAUAAGAAUUUUGAUCUAGGAGUGGAAGUCGCUGAGCAUCUCUUAUCAGUUGAACCAGAAAAUCCAGGCCAUUAUGUAAUGCUGUCAAAUAUCUAUGCGUUGGCUGGUAGGAUGGAUCGAGUAGAAAUGGUUAGAAACAUGAUGAUUCAGAAAAACAUAAAGAAGCAAGUUGGAUAUAGCACAAUAGAGGUUGAUAAAAAGACCUACUUAUUUAGCAUGGGAGACAAAUCCCACCCAGAGACACAUGAAAUUUAUCAGUACUUAGAUGAGUUGAUGAAUAGAUGUCGGGAAGCUGGUUAUGUUCCAGAGUCUGAAUGGGUGAUGCAUGAAGUGGAGGAAGAGGAGAGGGAGUAUGCACUUAGAUAUCACAGUGAGAAGCUAGCAAUUGCAUUUGGAUUACUGAGAAGCAGCCAUGGUAUGGCUAUUCAGAUUGUGAAGAACCUUAGAAUGUGUGAGGACUGCCAUUCAGCGAUCAAGUUCAUUUCAGUCGUGACUAACAGAGAAAUUAUUAUUCGGGACAAGCUUCGAUUCCACCAUUUUAAAGGUGGCUUGUGUUCAUGUUUGGAUUACUGGUGAUAAAUACCAUUAGUUGCAGUUAGCAGACUGUAUAUCAAGUCCCUUGGUUAUUGUUUUGUAAAAUGACCCGGUCUAGCUCAAUCCUGAAAGAAAUUUUUAUAGUAUUUUGAUGAACAAUAAAAAAGAAAAACCGCUAACAGUCAGUCAAUUGAGUAGUGAACCUAUAAGAUGCCCAGAAUUAGUUGUCUUC